AUGCUGUUACGAAAUAUAGUUAUAUGGUUUGCUAAUACCAUUGACCGGCAUGGCCAGCAGAGUCCGCAGCACGACUUCGAUUUACCUUUGAGUGCAGAAAAUGCGGAAGAGGGCAGAGAUGGCGAGUGGCGCGGAGCUGGCGAGACAGACGAGCACUUCGUUGAGCGCGCGCUGACCCAGCGAGCUCCUGGCAGAAGCGAGCAUCACCUAACAGGUCCUAGGCUGAAGUAG